CACAGCUAUUGGUUGAAGUCUCCCUGUUAAUGGACUUUCCCGCCAUCGCUCUUCAUGUGUCAGAAUCGUCGGCAGUGCGAGGAAUGUGGCGUCUCUGUGCUGAGGCCAAAUACUCAACGUCAUUUCAAAUGUAUGGUGUUUGGCAUCUUUUGGCUUUUACUUUGAAAGAAAUAAGAGGAAACGCGGUAGUUUGUGGCGGCUUGACGCAGCCCUGCAUCCACCGCAGCAGCAUCCUUCUCCUCCUCCUGCUCCUGCUCCUGCACCUCCAACUGCAGCACAGAAACUGAGCCUCCAGAUCCUCCAGGAUGGAUGACGUCCCCCCACUGCUGACCAUCUGCGUGUCUCUGCGGAUCCAGCCCAACGAGGGCCCGGUCUUCUUCAAGGUGGACGGAAGCCGCUUCGGUCAGACUCGAACCAUCAAGCUGCUGACUGGAUCCAAAUACAAGAUGGAGGUGCAGGUGAAACCCGGAACCGUCAAUGCUACUCAGAUGAACAUCGGGGGCGUGGUCUUCCCUCUGCAACAGCAGUCUAAAGACGAGGACUGUGUGCUGUACCACGGCCUGUACGACACUGAGGGCGUUCCUCACACCAAGAGCGGAGACCGACAGCCCGUCCAAGUUAGCAUUGAGUUCGAGAAGGCCGGGACAUUUGAAACCGUCUGGCAGGCCAAAUAUUACAACUACUACAAGAGGGAGCACUGUCAGUUCGGCAACAAGUUCAACAGCAUCGAGUACGAGUGCAAACCUAACGAGACGCGAACGCUGAUGUGGAUCAACAAGGAGUCGUUCAACUGAGCCACAGUCGCCCCCAAAACUGCUGCCACUGCCGCCUAACAAACACACACCAGGAGCAUCAAUGCAGAUAAACUUCAGACCUAUGAUAGAAAUAGGGUUUGCUUUUCUGCUCUUUUAAUCUGCGUUUCCUGAAGACUGGGGCAGGAGUUACAGGUGGAUUGCAGCAGGAGAGUGUGUUUUAUACUUACGCAGCUAGUGUUCACAGGCCAGGUGGGACCUGAAACGUUGUAAAUAAUUUACUGCAGGGUCUAAGAUAUUUUAAACUGCAAAAACAUCAGCUGUUCAACACAUGACAAAUAUAUAAUGUGAAGGUGUAGCCUCACUGUUUCAAAGCGUGAAAUAUUUAACCUGGUUUUUCAUUCAUUUGAUUUUCUGGCCCACAGCACAGUUAUUUAUUACCCUCCCCUCCACCCUCUCCUCCCCCAGAAAAAAAAUGUGAGCAAACCUGCUGAAGAGUUUUGUGUAAGUGUUUGUAAUAUAUGUAGUACAUUAAGUUAUGUUAUUCUUCACAGUUACAAUAUACCAAAAUGACAAUCCAGCCUGUCACUGUCUCCUCAGAGUCAAUGCAAAUUGUUGCAAUUUGUUUUGUUUGUUUGUAAAUUGAAUUGAUCUGGUUAAAGAUUGAAUUAGUGUUGGUGCAGCACAGAAAAGGACAUACAUGUUUUUUUUUUUUACUUCAGU